UAAAACAGAAAGCCGUUAUCGCUUGGGCCUUACUAUCCAAGAUGUCUGCUUCCUUGGUGGAACAUGUUGUUGCUGAUGCCGGGGCAUUUUUAAAGAAAGCCCCUCUUCAGGAAAUAGGAAAGAAUAUAUACACCGUAAAAGAUGUAGUGGAAGAAAUCCGAGACAAGCCUACCAGGAGAAGUUUGUCUUUUCUUCCAUAUCAACUGAACUUCAAAGAACCAUAUCCCGAGUACAUCCGAUUAGUGACCGAGUUCUCGAAGAAGACCGGAGAUUACCCCAGCCUGUCCGCCACUGACAUAAAAGUGUUGGCUCUGACAUACCAGUUGGAGCGGGAGAACGUUGGGACAGACCAUCUGAAGAAAGAGCCUGAGGUUAAGGUCCAGGUAUGUGGUACCAGAAGACAUCCGGAGGCGCCGGUUGGCGUGGCAGGUUUCCACUUUCCUUCAAAGAGGCCGGCUGAUGGGUUGUUCAGCGGUAGUGGCAGACACGCUCCAGCAGCGCCGACUCCGCAUGGCUACAACCCACCCGAGAUUGAAGAGUACAACAGCUUCCAAUUCUGGAGGAAUCCUCUGCCCUGCUUUGAUACUGACCUGCUCCAACUGCUGAACAUAGACAAGCUCUCCAUAUCAGACAGCAAAGAAGCACCAGACACCAACAGCACAGAACAGGAGCCAGAACACAGAGGCUCUGAGGAGCAUGGCAGUGGGUCAGCGGGCGAGGAGGAGGAGGAGGAGGACAACGAAGAUGACGGUGGUGGUUGGAUCACUCCUAGCAACAUUAAACAGGUCCAGCUGGAAACGGGGAACUGGGUAUCGCCUGAUGACAUUAAAGUGGGAUGCCUGACCACAGACUUUGCCAUGCAGAAUGUCCUGAUUCAGAUUGGGCUCCAUGUCCUCUCUGUGAAUGGGAUGCUGAUCAAGCAAGCCAGGAACUACAUUCUGCGUUGUCACGCCUGCUUCAAGACCACGACGAAUAUGAAUAAGGUUUUCUGCACGCAUUGUGGCAACAAGACGCUGAAGAAGAUUGCAGUGACUGUCAGCGAGGACGGAACCAUCCAGAUGCAUUUCUCAAAGAACCCCAAAGUGCUCAACCCCAAAGGAAAAAGGUACUCCCUGCCUCUGCCACAAGGAGGAAAACAUGCCAACAACCCACACCUGGUUGAAGACCAGCGGUUUCCCCAGCAGCGUGUGUCCCGGAAGGCCCACCAGAAGACGGAUGUCUUCAACCCAGAUUACCUGGCUGGCGGUGGAUCCCCGUUCUCCGACCACGACAUCUACAGCCGCUCGGCCAACCUCCACAUCACAGACGGGGCGGGCGGCGGCGGGCGGAGGCGAGCCAACCCCAACGCUGCCCGGAAGAAGUUUGUCAAGACCAAGUGACGAGGACUGCAGGGUGUUGAAGGUCGAAUGGAGAUCAUCCAGCCCUCUCCAGAAGUCUGGAAUCAGGCAUUUCCUUCCAUGCGUGUGAAGGCUUCUGACUGGUGUAAGGGAGUGAGUCUCUCACUACUCCACUCCAUUUUAAGUACAUGUGUACAAGUGGUACUCUCCUGGAGAGUAUAGGCCAUAAUUAAAGCAGAUGUCCAUGAACUGGCGGCAAUCUAUUUCUAAAGACCAGGAAAUCUAUCAACUGAAUUUAUUAUACGUUUUGUAGGAAUUAAUAAUUAAUAUUUUUAAGCAACUUUGUUCCAUUGUAGGAAUGGAAUUUUACAGUAACCAUACCAAGUUUGUGAAAGUAUUUGCACUUUCAGGACUUUGCAUUUAACCUGUUGACAUUUUGCUCCCAAUUAAAAAACAUUAAGCUGA